AUGAAGUUGCUUCAUACUCUUUUGGCUGGCCUUGCGGCUUUGCCUACGGCUUUGACCCUGGAUGACAAGGCUGCUGCUGUCUUGUCUACUCUGCCUACCUGUGCGGCAAGUCUUGGUGCUGCCAAGUGUUUGGUGACAAAUGUGUUGACAUCAACAUGUGAACUUGACGAUGUCAAGUGUACAUGCAUGAACGCAGCUCUACAGCAGCAAGUUGAGAUAUGUGUCUUGUCCAACUGUACCGUCGUAGAAGCUUUAUCAACAAAGAACACAACAACGACACUCUGUGGCGCCCCCGUUCGAAACGGUCAGGCCCCCUUUAUUUACCUCAACGACACAAUGGGAAUCAUCUCAGGCGUCUUCUGUAUCCUGCGAUACCUCACAAAAAUCGUCUACAAGGUGCCCCUCGGCUUGGACGACCUCUUUAUGUUGAUUACAAUGCUCAUUUCCAUCGCCUGUAUUACCAUCAACACAUAUGGCCUUGGACAUUCCGGCUUUGGAAGGGAUAUCUGGACCCUCACGCCAACGCAAAUCACAAGCUUUGGCCGCUGGUUCUACGUCAUGGCUAUUCUGUACUUUGCAGACCAGGCUUUCCUCAAACUAACCAUGAUCUUCUUCUUCCUUCGAAUUUUCCCGAGUAAGAACGUGCGAAAGAUCCUUUGGACGACCAUGGGAGUGACGAUUACUAUUGGUAUCACCUACAUUUUCCUCGCCAUCUUCCAAUGUCGGCCUGUUAGCUACUUCUGGACCAAAUGGGAUCUUGAGCACGAGGGAAAGUGUGCCAGCGUCAACGGUAUUACAUGGUCCAACGGUGCCGUCAAUAUUGCCAUGGACUUUGUGAUCCUUGCUAUCCCAAUCUCUCAGCUGAAGAAAAUGAACAUGGGCUGGGGCAAGAAGCUCCUUGUUGGUAGCAUGUUUAGUGUUGGUAUCUUUGUCACAAUCAUGAGUAUCCUCCGCCUCUACGCUACUGUCAUAGCUGGCAUGUCUCACACCAACAACGCUUCUUGGGAAUACCUCGCCAUGUCCAAGUGGUCCACCAUCGAGAUCAACGUCGGUAUCUGGUGCGCAUGCAUGCCUACGCUACGCAUCAUGUUCUCUCGUCUGUUUCCCCAGUUGCUUGGUACAUCCAAGCGCUAUCUCAAGUACGGCAGCGGCAAGAGUGGCAAGACUUCCGACACGGAAAACAACACCCGAAAGUGCGAGAACUGCGACGGCAAGCUGCGACCGGAGCGUGUGGUUUCUGUUGCGCGGGUUGACAGAGAUUCUCAGAAUCGCUCGGCUGUUCGACCUGACGGAAUCACUUGCGACCGAACCUACGACGUGCAAUAUGGUUACGAUGAUGAGACGUAUCUGGUGCAUAUGAAGCAGAUGGAUAAUAAGAGUGCUAACUCUUACCCGCGGUCUGAUGGUGAUUCCGUUUAG